CUGCCGACCAUUGUCCUCCGAGAUGCUAACGGAAGAUGAUCAGGUGACCAGAUGUAUUGUCGAGGUGAUCUCGGACACUCUGUCCAGCCCCAGGCCGCUGCCUGUCACCACUGGAUGCAGCAAGGUCCUCAAAGAAGAUGAGAGAGUUCUGGCGAUGGUGCAUCAUCAGAACCUGCUGAGGGAGCUGGAGGAACUCACACAGCCUGGUGAGGGUUCAGUCAGGCAAAUGCCUCUGAAAAGCAUCAAGAAGUGGAACUACCCGAUGGCAGAAAGCAUGGAGUGGAAUGAGGAGGACAAGUUGGAGAAGAGGCUUUCCUCACUGAAGAAGGAGGGGGGCGAUGAGUGGAGGGAGCCCAGCGCCGGCCAAGGGGGAUCCCACGUGAAGAUGACCACCCCUUCGAAGGAAGAGGGAGAGGUGAAGAGGAACGAUCAAGGGCAAGGGGUGAAGAAUGAGGAGCAACGCAAGGACAAAGACCUCAUCACUGGGGAAGAUGAGACCAAGUUUGGAACACGAGCGAGCAAGGAAGAGUUCAGUGAUGAAGACAAAGGCGGUUUCGGGAAGGGACGUGACGAGUUAUCUGAGGAAGGCUAUCAAAGUGCCAUUGAGCUUGGGCAGGAGGGGCGAGAGGACCUCAGGGUGGAUGAGCUGAUUGAGAAGGUCGCCAAGCAGGAAUUGGAGAGCAGAGAGGAGGAGGAGAGGAAGGAACGGGAAGGUGGCGUUCCCAGGAGGAAUAGGAAUGGGAUCGGCCAGCCAAACGCCAGCAAGCGAGUGGAGGAGAAUGCCAGCGAUGAGGAAACUGACCAGUUUGAAGCAGAACAGAAAGGACUGAAGAUCCUGGAGGCACAAAGCCACGCGCAGGGCAAGGUGGACAAGCAACAGCCUCGUGAGGAUAAGAGACGCCAUCAUCUGGACACGAAGCAGGGACGUGAAGAUGACGUUGUCUACCAGUGGAAGAGGCACCACGGACUGGGGAACAGCAAGGUGGAGGCGGUGGAUGAGGAGGGAGAGGGAGAGGAAGAAAAGGAGAGAGAGCAAGAUGAAAGAAAACUGAAGCAUGAGGAACACGAGCUGAGUAACCUGGCGGAGAUUGAGCGGGAGCUGAAGGACGUGGCGGACAAACUGCGGGACUUCCAGCGGGGUUGAGAGCCGCUCGUUCCCAUUCCCAAGGGUGGCCAGUGCCUCCCAUCACAAUGGCUGCCAUUACGUUGACGUGUAGACCAGCCCAUCGCCAUCGACAUCCCCUUCCCUGGCUGUGUACUGUUAUGGUCCAAAGCUUCACCGAGCACGGACAGGGUGCAGUGAUGCAUGGUAUAUUAUUCAACUUGUCAGUGUUCCUCUGCUCAAUGGCAAUGUCAUCCCAUCAAUGAAAGAAUGCAAAUGUACAAUUUAACACCCGUCCUUGAGUUAAGAGCCUGUCCCACCAGCGUGCAACUCCAUGCGGCAAGCGCGAGCUAAUGAGGUUGCUUGAGCCGUACGGCCUCGCGCGGCCGGUCCCACUUCGAUCGCCAGAGCCGUAUGGAGUUGUGCGGAGCUGGUCCCGACAUCGUGCGCGCGGGGCUCCGUCCAAAAUGAACACUGUCCAAAAAUUCCACGUGACAACGGCCUGUCGGCCCACAGCCGCAUUGAGGCCGUACGCAGCGUCUCAACGCCGUACGCCUAGCGCGUGGCAUUGCGCCAUGAUGUCACCGCCCGGCAUGCCGUGGCGCGAUGAUGUCACCGCCCGGCAUGCCGUGGCCGAUGAUGU